AUGCCGCCGAAAAAAAACGCCCCGCCGGCGGGGUCCGACGAGUCGGCCGACGAACGAGAUGAGCUGACACCGAAGAAGAAGGCGCCGAAAGCGGCGAGGAAGCCGUCACCGAAGAGGAACGAGAUCGAGGAUGAUCCAGAGGAAGAUCUCCUCACAGGGGAGGUGCCACCAAGGCCCCACAUUUUCGAGAAUAAUGGGGAUCGAAAGGAUCGAUUGAUGAUCUCGUCGAUCAUCGUCAACAAUUUCAAAAGCUACUACGGCAAAUCGGUCAUCGGACCAUUCCAUAAGAAUUUCACCGCAAUUGUCGGACCAAAUGGUUCAGGAAAAUCGAAUGUAAUUGAUGCGCUACUCUUCGUGUUUGGCUUUCGGAGCAAUCGGAUUCGAUCGAAGAAGGUGUCGAAUCUGAUUCACAAAUCAUCGAAACGCGAAUGCGACAGUUGCUCGGUGACGAUUCAGUUUCAGCGAAUCAUCGACAAGGCCAACGAGCAUUUUAUAGUGGUGCCGAACUCGCUGUUCACCAUUUCGCGAACCGGAUAUAAGAAUAAUUCGAGCACCUACGCGAUCAAUGGUUCGUCAUGCUCAUUCAAAGAGGUCGAGGCGAAAUUGAGAGACGCCGAAAUCGAUUUGGUGCACAAUCGGUUCCUCAUUCUUCAGGGCGAAGUCGAGGCGAUUUCGAUGAUGAAGCCGAAAGGACUGACGCCGAAUGAGGAGGGAAUGUUGGAGUACUUGGAGGACAUUAUCGGAUGCAAUCGACUUGCGAAGCCGAUUCAAAAGUUGGAGACGAGAUUGGAGCGAUUGACGAUGGAAUUGUCGAGGCAGAAAUUGUUACGCGACAACGCUUAUGCGGCGAAAGUGAACAUUCAGGGAGACGUGACGACGGCUGUCGAGUUUCUUCGAACCGAGAAUGAGAUUAUUGAGAUCAAAUGCGCACUGGAUCAGAGGAGAAGACAUAUCUAUCGCAAACAAUUGGGACCACUUCAAGAAGAAAUGGAGGCGAAGAAGGCGGAGAUGAAGGAAAUCGGCGAGAAGCUCGACGCGAACAAAGAGGGAUCGAAAGAGACGGACAAGAUGGACAAGGAGCUUCAGAAGGAGAAGACGCGGACUGAAGCCGAACUCGAUAAGCUUCAGCAGAAGAUUGAGGAUUUAAUGACGGAGAAGAAGAAGUGGGCGCAGAACGCGAAGCGAUUGACGGCGGACGUCGAAAAAAUGGAAGCGGAGAAGAGCAAAGAAGCGAAGAAGCGCGAGGCGCUUGUCGAGGCGCCGGCGAAAGCGCAAAAGAAGAUCCAGAAGCUGAAGGAGGAUUCGGAGACGUUGGUGGAGAUUGAGAAGAGCGCCAACGAAGAGGCCGACAAGAAUUUGGCGAUAUUCGAUCAGAGGGCUCAAGAGUUUCAGGAGGAGAAGACGGCGGCUGAGAAGACGUUCGCCGAAUCGAACGCGGCGUUUAACACGAUCAAGGGCAAGGCGAUGGUGGCGCAGGCGGAACUUGCCGAUUUGAAGAAGAUUGCCGAUAAGGGGAAGAACACGCUCGCCGGUCUUGAGACGAAACUUCGCGAGUCGGAAUUGAAGUUGGAGUCGGAGAAUGAAGAACUUCGAACAAUCGAGGAGAAGUUGCCGCAAGACGAGCGAAUUCUUCGCGAGGCGACGGAAAAAGCGCCGGCGGCGCGUGCCGACGAGCAGAAGCUCGAUCGAAACGUGCGCGAGAUUCGCGAGAAGAUUCGAAUGAUCGAGAGCGAGCGCCAGCGAAAAGUCACCGGCAAUCGGACGCUUGAGGCGCUGAUGCGAGAGCGCGACGAAGGACGACUGCCGGGUUUUUUCGGGCGUUUGGGCGAUUUGGGCGCGAUCGACGCGAAAUACGACGCGGCGAUUUCGUCGAAUUGCGGCAAUCUCAAUCAUUUUGUGUGCGAUUCGGCCGACACCACCAUCAAAUGCAUCAAUUUUUUGUCAAAAAAUCGAUUGCCGCGAUCCAACUUCAUUGCGGUCAACGAGGUGGGCGUGAGGAAGGAGAGGAUGAACGCGGAUCCGAAAAGCUUCCCCGCGCCGAGAUUGUUCGACUUGGUCCGUUGCGAGGAGCACGUUCGAGCCGCGUUCUACUUUUCGCUUAAUGAUAUGCUAGUGGUUGAUAAUCUUGGAGAAGCUCAACGAAUUGACAAAUCGCAUAAUCAUCGAUUCAUCAUUGUCACCCUAAAUGGCGAUCGUCUCUCGAAUGAUGGAGCGAUUACCGGCGGUGGACAACCGAGGCGCGGAUUGAUCGGCACCGACAUCAAAGUGCGCAAAUCGACGGGAAACGAGGCGGAGAGUUUGAGGGUGCUGAAAGAGGAGCUCGAUGAGAAGACGGCGCAAUACGCGAAAGCGGCCGACGAAUGCCAACGAAUCGAUCGGAUACUGUUCGAGAAGCGGCAAACGGUGGAGACGAUGAAGAAUCGGCUGACGCAUUUGCGACUGUCGGUCGAGGAGGGCGUCCGAAUCAUCGGAACACUACGGAAGACGAUUGAGACGCAGGAGAAGGAGGCGAUGAAGGUGCAGGUUGAUGAGAAGGAGAUUGACGAGAAGCAGAAGAUUGUUGAUGUUCUUGUUAAAGAAAGAGAUGAAGCUGCUGAGAAGGCGAACGAGGCGAAGAAGAAGGUUGACGAGAUCACGACGAAAUUGGACGCGAUCUUCAAUGAGCUUGUCGAACGGCACAAGCGGGAAGCGAAAGAGGCGAAUGAGAAGCGAUUGGGUAUCGAGAAGAGCAUUGCGAAAGAAACGGGAGCCAUCAACAACUCGGAGCGCAAUAUUGCCAAGUGCGAUGAGCGAAUUGCGCAACUCGAGAAGGACAUCGAAAAGCGGAGGAACGAGCUGGAGCGACUCGAGCACGACACGAUCGACGAGGAGCAACUCAAUGAGAAGAAGGAGAAGCUGAAAGAGUUGGAGAAGGCUGUCAAAGGGUUCGACGAGCGAUUCAAACAGUUUCGUGACGAUAAGAUGAAGUUCGGCAAGGAGGAGUUGGAGCUCGAGCAGAAAUUGAAGGAUGCUUCUGAACGAGUUUCCCAGCUUAAAUACACGAUUCAUGAGAAGAAGAAGCAUAUUGAAGAGAUCACGGCGACAAUUGGCAAAUAUCGCCUCAAUUAUGUGCCGAAAUUCGAUUUUCUGGUGAACAAACAAAAGCCGGAGGACAUGAAGUUGGUGAUCGACGAGGAGGCCGAAUUCAAUCGGUUCCUUGAGAUGGACAACAUCGAGCUUGAGCACGUGACGCGACGAAUGGUGAAGACGGUCGCCGAUCAGGCGUACGCGAUGGAGUACGAGAUGCGAAACGAGGCGCUGAAUCAGCCGGAGAAGAUCGACAAAGGUGUGCCGGAGGCGGUGAAGGUGCUCGGCGACGCCGAACUCGACGAGAUGGACGAGGCGCGCGUCGACGAGCUGAGAUUCCGACGGAAGACGUUGGAGAAGUCGUUCGAGGCGUUGAAGGGAAAAGUCGAUUUGCUCGUGAUUGAUGAAUAUAUUGAGCGGGUGUAUCAUCGAGACUUGAUAUUUCAGGCUCUUCGCUUCAACGCGGAAACGCUUAAACUGAAGGAGGCGACGAAAGUGUUCAACGCGCACCGAGCGCGUUUGUUGUUAUUCAAACGAAUUCGACUCGAGGAGUUCAGCGAGGGAUUCUCGAUCAUCAGCACGUCGGUGAAGGAGAUCUACCAGAAGUUGACGGAUGGCGGAGACUCGCGAAUGGUGGAGAAGUCGGGAGCGGAUCCGUUCAGCGAGGGCAUUCAAUUCAUGGUUCGUCCAAAAAACAAAUCGUGGAAGAACAUUGAGAAUCUUUCCGGCGGCGAGAAAACGCUGGCGUCGCUCUCGCUCGUCUUCGCUCUUCACGUCUAUCGUCCGACGCCGUUUUACGUUAUGGACGAGAUUGACGCGGCUCUCGAUUAUGUGAACGUCUCAAUCAUCGCGCAACACAUCAAGGAUCAUCGCGACGCGGCGCAGUUCAUCAUCAUCUCAUUGAGAAAUAAUAUGUUCGAGCAGGCGGCGAGAUUGAUUGGAAUUUAUAAGGUCGAUGAUUGCACAUCGAACGCGUCGAUCGAUACGGCCGUCGCCGAGGUGAUGUCGAAACGAAUGGCGGCGAUGUUGCAUCAGAGUUUCAUCACGACACGCGAAGAGGUGACGGCGGAAUUCCGGCGGCAACGCGCACUUCAGCAAUCGGAGAACGCGUUGAACGAGAAGCACUACGAGAAUUUCCCGUCGACGUCGGAUAUUGAGAAGGCCGAGAAGAUUAUUGAUAUUGAGACGAAAGUUCGCAAAGCGGUUUCGAGACAGGAGCAUCAUCAGAGCGACGCGAGGCCGACGACGGCGCAAUCGGACAAUCGGUCGGCGUCGGCGAUGAGCAAGACCAGAAGCGAUACGAUUUGCAAGAUUUUCGAGGACUUCUUGUCGCGCAAGACGCCAGCGCCGCCUCAAAAUUUGACCUACGACGUGAAUCAAUUGUAUGAGUUUCUUGAUCAUCUCACUGACAUUUCUGUAAUGGUUUUCAAUCGGGAAACGGCUCAAUACGUUCCCGGGAAUCGUACUUGGAUCAAACAGCAACUGUUUGAUAUGCUUCGUAGCCGGUGCAGUGUUCCGGCUGAUGAUUGUGUUGUUUAA